AUGAAUUCAAUCCCUCUUGAUCUUUUGUACGAGAUAUUCUCUAGAAUGCCAACCAAGUCAGUAGGGAGGAGCCGUUGCGUGUCUGAGCAAUGGAGGUCCAUACUUUGCAGUGCAGAUUUCACCGAGUAUUUCUUAACCAAAUCUUCCACUCGUCCCAGUCUCUUAUUCGCCAUGGAUAGCUUUAGAAGCAAUGAGUUUCUCUUCUUUUCGUCGCCGCCUCAGAUUCCGUCGAAGCCGUCGUCGUCGUCGUUGUCCUUAGCAGCGGCCUAUUUUAAACUGAACAUGCAGCUAGAAUUUUGUGGUCAUGCCGCUGGUUUGUUCUGUUUCCGUCGUAUGCAAUUCACAAGGAAGGAUUGGGAGAAUACAGUGCAUGUGAUAUGUAACCCUAGCUUAGGACAGUAUGUUUUCUUACCUACACUGACGACGAGUAGUCGGACCUUUUUAGGGUUUGAUCCGAUUGACAAGGUGUUCAAGGUAUUGUCACCCGAUGAUGCCUUUUCAUCAUCUUUUGCUAAUAUUUUGACGUUGGGAACUGGAGAAAAGAGGUGGAGAAAGGUACACUUUCCCUUGGCCCAUUCUCCUGUGUCUAAAGGGAUAUGCAUCAAUGGAUCUUUAUAUUACUUGGCCCGAGAAAAUACAACUUACUUUAUAGUUUGCUUUGAUGUUCGGUCGGAGAAAUUCAAGCUUAUUCAGGGAAGUUUUCUUGAUUCGGAUGCAAGAUUAAAAUUGAUAAACUAUAAGGGUAAAUUAGGUGUGAUCAGCUUGCCAAGGGAAAAUUGGGAUAGUAGAGUAGGCUUGAACAUUCGUAGCAAGGAGGAGGUGCGUAUAUGGGUUCUAGAGGAUGGCGAGCAACAGGAUUGGUCGGAGUAUGCCUACACUCUCCCUGGUGAUAAGUUCCGUGACGUUGAAUGUGAUGUGUUAGAGGUUUACGUAGCUGGAGUGACGUCCGCUACAGGGGAUAUUGUUUUGAUGAAUCCAAACUAUCAUCAUCACUCCAAACCGUUUUAUGUUUUCUACUUCCAUCCCGAAAGGAACGUUAUCAAACGUGUUGAAGUCCAAGGUUUUGGGAAUCAUGGUAGAGUUGUGAACGCCUUUGUAGACCAUGUAGAGGAUCUUACGUUUGAUAUGAAAUCUUGGCAGCUGGAUUUUCUUAAGUUUGAAAGCAUUAACAAAUUCAAUGCUCUGUGUCUUUUAGAGGAUAUAUGA